GCAGUCGAAGACUAUAGCGCAAAAUAAUCUAAAGCUUGAAGGCAUACCCACCUCAAGAGUGAACGCUAGCUUUUGUUUGUCUUUCGCUGCUAAAAAAAGAGCGAUCUGUCAUUGCCACACUUUUGCACUUCCCCUCUUUAAGCUCAUAACAUUUCUAAGAGAAAUGGUAGAGCCCUUCUCCGUGGCUGCCAGCGGCUUGGCUCUCAUCCACCUCAGCGCGAAGGUUUUCGAACUUUGCUAUGACUACUACGAUACAGUGAAGGGGAGCCAACAGGAUUUCAAGAAACUAGGGGACGAGAUUAAAAGUAUCCAUCAGCAGCUCGAGGAAAUCCGAAGCCUUGCCACCGGAGACGAUGAAAACAGCCCACAAUACCCUGCGCUCCUCGAAUGGACGGAAAACGAAAGUUUGAAGGAUUACAAGACCGCCUUGGAGGAGCUGAAGGGAAAGUUAGAUGUCCCAGAAUGGAGGAAAACCUCCAGAAAAUAUGUUUGGCCUUUUCGCAAACCCAAAAUGCAGCGUUACCUAGGCCUAGUUGAAGAGCAGCGAUCAAAGCUUCAAUUAUUGUUGGGUACAGCCACAACGUGGGUUAUCCAUUCUUCGGUUCCUUGAGAAUCUAGCAUCUCCGUUUCCUUUUCGUUUUGGCAGCAAGACUAACUAGUUGUUUAGGAAGACGGUAACGAGGGUGUUGCGAAAACUAGAUGGUACCUGGUCACAUUAUCCCUAACCCUGUCAAUGGUCUUUACUAAUAUCAGAUAUUCAUAAAACGCUAGAGAAUAAAUACCAGGAAGUACAGAAAUGGCUUAACGUCGUUGAUCCAACCUCAAAUUAUUCGUCUGCACUUUCGCUUCGUGAACCCGGUACGGGAAAUUGGUUGCUCCAGGGGAAUGAGUACAUCGAUUGGAAGGGAGGUAGAGGAGGGGUUCUCUGGCUUCAUGGUAUACGUAAGUCUACGGACGAGUGAAAUCUUAUGCUGCAAAGAAUGUCAUUAACACUUGUGUCUUAUAGCCGGAUGUGGCAAAAGUGUCCUAAGGUACGAACUUGACCGGGCGUCUAGAGGUGCAAUAUGAUUUCCUGCUUGCUAACACUCUCUUUAGUGCUACUGCUAUUGAAGAUGUCCAAAUUCUGUGCAACUCGAACGAUGAUCAUGCCAUAGGGUAUUUCUACUUCACCUUCAGCGACUCCGAGAAGCAGAAAUUGUGUAAUCUGCUUUUAUCUCUUAUCGGCCAACUUCCGAAAAGGCUUUCGGAGCGGGGUUUACCGGGCGAGGUUGUAGACCUGUACAGUAGCACCAAGGCAAUUGGAAAGUCGGCAGAUACCAAAUCCCUGAAAGAUCUAUUGUCACAGAUUAUAAAGAGUUUUCGGAAGACGUUUAUUAUUCUGGAUGCAUUGGAUGAAUUCCCAGGGGAUGCGCGAGAGAGUCUCCUAUCUUGGAUUGGCAAGCUUACGGCCGACCAUAACGCGGGAUCACUUUCCAUUCUUGUCACCAGCCGUCCCGAGGCCGAUAUAGUGGAAUAUCUGGAACCGCUUACCACUUUUUCAAUACCAUUACAAUCUAAAACUGUGGAUCCGGAUAUCCGCUCUUAUGUGCGGAACACUCUGGAGAGCAAGCCUAGAUUUAAGAUAUUUACCCCAGAGAUUAAGAGUGAGAUAGAGGACACGCUUGCUGCUCGCUCACAGGGAAUGUAUGUUAUACUCCACUUUUGAAUCUCUAACUUACGCUGAUACAAGGUUGGCUAUUUAAAGGUUUCGGUGGGUGUAUUGUCUUUUGCGAAUUCUCCAAGAAUGCAUAACUCCAGAAGACGUGAGAGAAUCGUUAAAGGAGCUGCCGGAAGAUUUAGACUCUGUCUACUUGAGGAUCCUAAAUGCUAUUCCUAAGAAGCAGAAGGAAUAUAUUCGGCGAGCGAUGAAUUGGCUGGCAUUUUCAACAGUUCCAUUGACCUUAGGCCAGCUUUCGGAGGCCAUUGUGAUCGAAUACGAUGUCAAUGAGUAUGUGCGCGAUUCGAAAACGCUUUUUGACCAGAGUUCCCUCAUGAGCAUUUGCCCUAGCCUUAUUUCCUACGAAGACUCCCGGGACGAUGAAUCUUCCACGCAGGGAGAGCGCAGAUUACGACUAGCACAUUUCUCGGUAAAGGAAUAUUUGAUCUCCGAACGUGCAGCUCAGGGCCCCAGUUCCUUCUAUCAUAUUUCGGAGGAAAAGGCCAAUUUACUCAUGGGGCAUGCUUGCCUUAGUCGAAUACUGCAACACAGUGCACAAGGUACUAUAAGCAGGAACCAAGCAGAAGAAACAUCAUUUCUCUACCACAGUGCUCGCUAUUGGUUCGUGUAUACCAGAUCUAUUGCGGAUACGGCACCCAUGCCACUCUCCGACCUGGCGGUGAAGGUCCUCGAGCUCGGCAAGGUGUGGCUAGAUAUAUAUAAUCCUGACGACCCUUACCGGUAUCGCACUUACGGCUCCGGGAUUUACCCGUCGGCAGUCUACUAUUCCUGCUUGUUAAAUUCAUUGACUGUCUGUAAAUUCCUAGUCAAUAGGAAUGAAGGUACAGUAAACGUAAAUUCCCAGGGUAGUGAGUAUGGCAACGCACUACAAGCAGCUGCAUAUCACGGGAACGAAUCGGUUGUGCAGCUUCUCCUCGAUUGUGGGGCUGAGGUGAAUGCGAAGGGUGGCGAAUACGCCAAUGCACUACAGGCAGCUGCAUUUCGGGGAAACGAAUUAGUUGUGCGGCUUCUCCUCGAGCGUGGGGCAGAGGUGAAUGCGAAGGGUGGCGAAUACGGCAAUGCGCUACAAGCAGCUGCGUCUCAGGGAACCGAAUCAGUUGUGCGGCUUCUCC